AAUUGUCAUUCUUAUUACGGAUUGUGAGAAUUAUUGAGAUGUCAAUAUUGAUAGGAUUGAAUUUCCAUAUAUAUUAUAAUUCUCUUUGCCCUACAUUUUUAUUUCUUGCACAAAUAUAGUACAUUUUAGAUAUUAGAACUGAACUUGCUAUUUGUUUUGUUCUGAAAUCAAUGUUUUAGCAAAUGUGACAUAGUAUUUCUUACAAUCCGCACAUUGUGAUUUAUUUAUCAUUGAAUGAAUUAAAUACAUUUUUGUCUGUUCUCGGGGACUAUAAUUAUGACUUUUAUCCGAAGGUGCAUAUUCCCUUGCAACAAAUACAUACAGCAAUGUCAAAACAGUUUUAUCAUCAGGAAAUACAGCAAUAAGAGCGAGCAAUCGGAGCUUAUCCCAUCCGCGAGCGAGGCGGCGUGGCCGCGGCGCGUGGUGUCGGGCUUGCAGCCGACAGGCACGCUGCACAUCGGUAACUACUUCGGGGCAGUGCGCCGCUGCGUGCGGCUGCAGGACAGCGGUGACGAUCUAAUGCUUUUUAUAGCUGACCUGCACUCGCUCACCACACACCAGGAUCCAGAUUCGUUGCACGCGAACACACUGGAGUUAACUGCGUACCUGCUGGCGAGUGGUGUGGAUCCUGAACGCAGUAUUAUGUUUGUGCAAUCAUCAGUGGCGCGUCACGCAGAGCUCUGCUGGCUUCUUGCGUGCCUUGCCACCAAUGCACGAUUAGCUCAUUUGCCACAAUACAAAGAGAAGUCUGCCAAAAUGAAAGAAGUCCCAAUUGGUUUGUUACUAUAUCCUGUCCUUCAGGCGGCAGACGUGCUGGUGUACCGCGGCACGCACGUGCCCGUGGGCAUCGACCAACUGCAGCACCUGCAAGUGGCGGCGCAGCUCGUGCGCACCUUCCACCACCGCUACGGACGAGUUUUCCCCACGCCGCAAGCCAUUCUAUCAGGGGAUGGUAGCGAGCGGUUGAGAAGUCUACGAGAUCCUACCAAGAAAAUGUCCAAAUCGGACUCCGAUCCCAAGUCGCGGAUUCUGCUAAGCGACCCCGACUCUGUCAUCGAACUGAAAGUGAGAAAAGCCGUAACCGAUUUUACGCCUCAGGUGACGUUCGACCCGGAGUCGAGGCCGGGCGUGUCGAAUCUGGUGAUGUUACAUUGCCUUGCCGAAGAUAAGCUGCCCGAAGAGGCGGUGGAAGAAGCAGAGGGCUUGACAACAGCUCAAUAUAAGCGAGUCGUCGCCUCCGCGCUUUGCUCAGCCAUACGUCCCGUGCGAGAGCGAGCCGCACGCCUGCUGGAGCGGCCCGCAGUGCUGCGCGACGUGCUGCGGCUGGGCGCGGCGAGAGCGCGCGUGCGCGCCGACGAGGUGUACGAGGACGUGGCAACGCGCCUGGGCCUUUCGGCGACUGUUCUGGCGGACACGGCGCGCGCCGCAGCUCGACGCCGAUGAUUAGAGACGGAGGUGCUGUGUGACGUGGUGCUGCAACGGCGCCAGCGCAUGCUCUACGAGAGGCGCGGGAUGAGCGGCGUGGGCAGCGUGCGCGGAGUGCGGCGCGUGCGCGGCGUGCGUGGCAGCGACCGACGGCGCAGGCACGCGCUCGCGCAGUAGUGUUACCAGGUCGCGCAACAAAUCCACUGCUUGCACUACGGCCUCUGCUUGUUUCUCUGCUGCAAGUGCGCUACGUAAUGCGGCUUCGGCGAGCAAUUCCUCAGUAUUAAGGCGUGUACCCUCGCCGCCACCAGUCGCAGAGUCUUCAGACCGCAUGUCGUCCUCUAAAGGCGUGGGUUUGCGUUCUUCGUCUGAGUGACUGCCGCGUCUACCGCUACCCGUUGUGACUGUUAAGAGAACAAAAAGUAUUGUUCUAGUAGAUAAUAAUAUAAUUAGUUUAACUAAGAGAAUAGACUCGAGUUCUUAUAUUAUGAGCAUCACAUAUAUUAUGAGUCAUCAGAAUGUAAAAAGUGUGUUAGCGAGAUGAAAAAAAGAAGUGUGAAUGAGAGACAAAGUUUAGGAAUGGUGGACAAAACAGAUUGAGACUGAAAUGAAUGAUUUAAGAAGCGAAUUACUAGAAAACUACAUUUUUGUUUUGAACAAAUCCCAUAUACAUGGUCAUUCUCACCUUGCAUUACUCAAUGAAACCACAUACUUAUCAACUGGAAAAUAACAUUUUACAAUAAGUUACUUGAGUCGUAGAUGUAAAAUAAAAUAGGGUAAGUUUUGAACAAAAUAAAUAUUAAUAAAGUCAUUUUAAUUUUAUGCAUCCUAAUGCCAAUACUACUACUCUAAGAGAAUUCGUCGCCGGGGUAACAUCACACUUUCCAUCAGAAAUACAUUCACACAUAUGCCAUAUUCACUUUAAACUAUAAAACGAUCAAAAAAUUAAAAACCAAGAUGUUUUAUAAAAAUAUUUAUUAUUCAUUGAUAUUCAUUGAUGAUUUUUGACACAAUAUCAGCUUAUGUGAAGAUGUGUAUUCAUUUAGUAACGCAAUGUCAACAUGACUCGGUAUACUACAGAUGAAAUCAAUUUAUAUUUAUAUGGAAACCAGAUAAAUUUUAUUAUUUGUUUAAGAGAGAAACAUGCCACAAUGGCAUGUAAAGAGAGAUGGGCUGUCCUGGGUUGUGUCAAUUCUGAAGAGUUUGAAAAUUUAUAUCUACUAAUGAUUCAUUCUUUUUAUCAACUGGUUCAAAUCUUUGAUGAUGAUUUCCUUUAAAUAAUGUAUUUAUAAUAACAGAACUAUGAUGUAAACUAAUUUAAAAAUACAUAUAUGACAUUAAUUUUCUAACAAGAGGUUGCUUAUGUACCAUGUGUACAAAGUGUUCAAAUAAAUAAAUAGUGGCAUGGGGAAAAAAAA